UUUACCAUUAUGAUCUCAGCUUGAACCCUAACCUUUCCUUUCCCUUCCCCAAUUCUUUCACGGUUCUACUGCAAUCUCAAACAAUUCACAGAUCCGUUCAAUCAAAAAUUCGCCUAGAAUUUGAGAAAUGUAUAACGGAAUAGGGCUCCAGACCCCUCGGGGAUCCGGAACCAAUGGCCACAUACAGUCGAACAAGUUCUUCGUGCGACCCAAGACCAACAAAGUCGUCACAGAUUCGAGCAGGGGCUUCGAAUCGGGCCAAGGAAUGGCCGGCGUGACCCGCAAAGCCAACAAGGAGAUCCUGGAGCACGAUCGGAAGCGUCAGAUUGAGCUCAAACUGAUCGUUUUGGAGGAUAAGCUGACAGAUCAGGGGUAUACAGAUGCCGAGAUCGCCGAGAAGCUCGACGAGGCAAGGAAGUCUCUCGAAGCCAAGGAUAAAGAAGAUGCUGGUGCUGAAAAUAAGUCGCGAUUUUCGGAAAAAGUUUCGGCGACUCAGACUCAUCAAAUAGCUGCACUGAAGGAGAGGCAGAUGGAAAAUCUGAAGGCUGCACUUGGAAUAGAAUCUGAAGCUGAGAAAGAGCAGAAGCGUAGUGCUGCUGAGGCACUAAAUUUCAAGGAGAUUCUUGAUGAGGGUGAAAUAGUGUCUACUGAUACUGAUCAGAGGGAAACAAUACAAAAAGUUGUAAAGAAAAAUGAAUCUGGAAGGAAUAAAAAAAAGCGGGCAAAGGAUUCUGAUAGUAGUGAGGGUUCUGAUGUUGAUCUUAGGAAGAGAAAGGGAAAGUCAUCUAAGAAGAAGAAGAGAGUUUCGAGGCGUUAUAGUAGUUCAUCCAGUUCAGAAUCACAGUCUGAUUCCGAUUCUGAUUUAGGUUCGGAGCCUGAUCAUGAUAAGAAAAACAUUAGAGCUCGUGAGCGCCAUGAUUCUGAUUCUUAUGAGAGCGGGAAGCAAAAUCCAAAGUCGUCUUCAAAGAGCAAGCGCCAUGAAUCUGAUGACUACUACAGCUCCCCUGGGAGUCCUCAGAGGAGAAAGCAAAAUGAAAAGAAGUCUUCAAAGAACAAACGCCACGAUUCAGAUGACGACCGCAGUUCAGAUAAGGGCCCUGACAGGAGAAAUCAGGAGCUAAAGAAGGAUAUGACGCUGGGAAAGAGCAAGCGGCAUGACCAUGAUGAUAACAAAGCACAUGAGAGGAGAAAGAUAAAAGAAAAAAAGCUGUCAAUGACUCGUAACAGAGCUCGUGAGAGUCCGGAAAGGAGAAGGAUAGAAGAAAUGAAACUGUCAAUGAACAUGCCGCAGUCAAAAAGCAAGCGACAUGAGGAUGAUGAGUACAGUCCCCCUGGGAGUCUUGAGAGGAGAAAUCAAGGGCAAAAGAAGUCUUCAAAGAGCAGGCGGGAUGGUUCAGAAGAUGAUUACAGAUCUGGAGAGAGUGUUGAGAGGAUAAAGCAAGAGUUAAAGAAGCCGUCUAAGAGCAAACGGUAUGAUUCUGAUGAUGGCUACAGCUCCGGAGAGAGCCUUGAGAAAAGAAAGAAAGAGCAAAAUAAGCCUUUAAAGAGCUCACGACUUGACUCUGAUGAUGACUACAACUCUGGCGAGAUCCCUGAUAGGAGAAAGCAAGACCUAAAGAAGCCAUCAAGCAGCAAGCGGCAUGAUUCUGAUGACGAGUACAGUCAUAAGAAGGGAAAAUAUGAUGAUGACCGAAAAAACUAUCAUAAGGGAGCUUGGAAGAAUAGAGAAUCUGACUCAGAUGAUGAACGUAAUCCUCGUGAAGGCCUCAAGAGUAGGAGUGAGAGGGGUUACGAGCAGAGCAGGCGACAUGGUGAUUCUGAUGAUAAGUUGGAGAAACGUGAGAGAAGCCGAACUGGGAAGGUGAAUUCACUACCUGAUAGUCCAAAGGACCGUCGUUAUGAUAGUAGUAGGAAACCCAGGAGUGAGAUACAAGAUAAAUUUGGUGAUAGAUAUGUUAAAGGAAGUGACAGUGACAGAGAAGAUGAAAUUGGUGAUAGGUAUGGUCAAGGAAUCGACAUUGACAGACAAGUUAAAAUUAAUGACAGGUAUGGUCAAGGAAGUGACAGUGAUUCUGACGAAGCACCUAAAAGGAGAAGGGAACAGCAUGAUAGAGAUAAGGAUGAUUUAAGUUCUGGUCGUGGUAGACUAGAUAGAAUCAGUACAGGGGAUGAUGAGUAUAAACCUGGUGAUGCCACUGAAAGAAGUAGAUCUAAUGUUAGGAAUCAAGAUAGAGUUGAAGAAACCAAGCCAUUAAUGAAGAAAAAAGUAGGUCAUGGUGACGAUUCAAGUUCCAGAGGCAGAGAGAAGGAUCUUGCACGUGAUGUUGAUGAUAAACAGAAGGAGAACGAUGAUGGAUUGAAUGCAUUUCGGAAAUUGGAGCAGCUGUAUGAAUCAAAGGGAGAUAGUUCUGGAGAUAGAAGUGAGGGCAUGACUCGCAGUAGGAAUGAGCCCCGGCAUGAGAAUAGGAGAGAGAGUGGGGAGGAUGAAGGUUACCGGCGAAGCCAUGGAAGAGAAAGAGGGGAUGCUGAAGGUCGCCAUGGAAGAAGGCAAGAAAGAGAGAGAGGUGAAGAUGAAGAUCACCAUGGAAGAAAGAAGAAAGUGGAUGAUGAAGAUCGCUAUGGAAGAAAGCCUGAAAGAGGGAGAGAGAGAGGGAGAGGGGAUGAUGAAGAUCGCCAUGGAAGAAAGCAAGAAAGAGAGAGAGGGGAUGAUAAAGAUGGCGAUGUCAGAAGACAUGGAGAUAGAGAGCCAUAUAAGAGGGACCGUGAGCGUCAACGAGAAGAGGAGCACGCAAGUAAUAAAGAUGAGAGAGGUGGGGAACACGUAUCGAAGAGGGCUAGGUAUGACGAGGGACGCCCUAGUGGAAGGAGAUACCCUGAGGAUGACAGGAGUGAUGAUAGGCGGUCUAGGCGCGGGUGAUUAAUCCACGUGGCUGCUGCUUUGCUUUCUCGAGUUUGCUGAUUGUAAGUUGGCUUACAUUCAGUAAAUAGUUAUUUCUCCUGCAACUUGAUCGUCUGAUAAUUCCCCGUGACGUUUGCAGUGUGAUUUGCUAGGGACUUGUAACGAGGAUAUGGUUAUUUCAUUUGUGUAUGGUUUGUUUUAUCUUUUGUUGUGAUAUGGUAUGGUUGCUAUGCAAUGCAUUCAGCAUUAUGAACUCUCAUCUUUGAAAUUGUGUGUCAAUGCUUCACUUUAAUAACAUGCAACUGAUUGCUUUUCUGCUUA